GCCCAGCAUCGCUCUUCCCCACGUGCCCCUUUCCUGUCUGUGGUUUCCCUGCCUUCUUCCUCUUGCGUGAGUGUUUCCUGACUGGGGCUGAGUGGAGGGGGAGCAGCACCCAACAGUCACGGCCACUGCUGGCUACAGGGGCACCGAGGACCCACCACCUCCACCAGGGACUCUGGGAAGCGAUAUGUGAGGCCCUGAGCCCCCACUGCGAUGUCCACCCCCUCCUCCAAUGGGACAGCCACCCCCAUCCCCAGCGCAGCGGUGGGGCUGACGCUGCUGUCAGCAGCCAUGGUGGUAGGGCUGCCAGGGAACGCCCUUGUGCUGUGGAGCUGCGCCGUCACCCGCCGCCGUGGCAUCCCCAUGCUGCUGGUGUUCCACCUGGCUCUGGCCGACGUGGCCACCCUCCUGACCGGCCCCGUCUACAUCCGCUUCCUCAGCACCGGUCGCUGGGACCUGGGCCCGGCGGCUUGCCGUGGCUGCAACUACAUCUGCGCUGCCGCCAUGUACGCCAGCGUCUUCCUCAUCGCCCUGCUUGGCCUCCACCGCUGCCUGGUGGUGUCCCGGCCGUCGGCGGCGGUAGUGGCGGGCGACCGCGCCGCCCAACUGGCCCACGGGGCCGCGGCGGUCACCUGGCUGGUGGCCUUGGUGCUGGCCUCUCCCUCUAUCGCCUUUCGGCAUGUGGAGGACGGGCUCUGCAAGCGGAAACACAGCUCCACCACUUGGCUGGUGACCCACAACCUGCUGGAGACGGGGCUGGGCUGGGCCCUGCCACUGACCGCUGUGGCCGCCGGCUACGGGCUGCUGCUGCAGCGGCUGCGGCGUACGCGGCUGGCACGGCGGGGCCGCACUCUGGGGCUUGUGGCCGCUGUGGUGGUGGCCUUCGCGGUCACCUGGGGACCCUACCACAUCGCCAGCCUGCUGGAGGUGGUGGCCAAGCUGCGGAAGGGCAGCGAGCCCCUGAACAGGGUCGCCAGGGCCAUCCGCCCGCCUGCCACCGCCCUGGCCUUCAUCAGCAGUGCCUUAAACCCCCUGCUCUACGCCUGUGCUGGCCGGAGGCUGUGCCACACUGCUGGGACUGCUCUCCUGCCCCGGCUCCUGGAGGGCUCCACGGCUUUCAGCAGCAACCGUAAGACCACGGCCAGGGCCACCCACCGAGCAAGGAGCACACAGAAAGACAAGGAGAAGGGGGGCGAGGACGUGGCAGUGGAGGACGUCGGGACGGGGAAUGGGGGGACAGCAGUGGAAGUCAUGGGGAUGGGGGAUGAGGGGACAGUAGUGGAGGACACAGAAACAGGCGACAGUGGGGCAGGGAGGGCAUGAUGGUGGAGAAGGCUGUGGAGAGGAGAUGGACUUUGUGGUGGCCCUAACACAAACCCCUCCCUCUGUUCAUGCCUCCCUCCCUCUCUCCCUCCAACCAUUCCUCCCUCCCUCCUUCCAUGUCUUCAUCUCUCCCUCCACCCCAUGGUCCUGGCGAGGCCUGAGCAGGACUGUAACCAGUAAAAGAGGGCUGGACGAGAAAG